AUGGGGUGUGGUCAGGGUGGGGAAGGGUGUGGAGGGGAGGGGAGGGUGAAGAACAACAAUCAGUGCUCAGCUCGGCUCCUGCCCGGCGCGCCCCAGGACCCAGACCCUAGGAGUAAGGUCGGAAGGCAAGGAAUCCGUGAGCGCCACCAAAUGGGCCCUGUCUGGGGUCGGGGCGCGGGUUCAGCUCCCUGCUACUCCUCUCGCCACCGCCCACACACUUCGUCCCUCACUUUCCUAAAACCACCCCGGCUCGGCUCUUGGCAGCGACAGCGGUGGCAGCAGCGACGGCAAAGUGGCGGCGGAGGCCGAGACACCUCGUGGGCUUGUGUCCAUGCCGGGCCUGAGGAAGGGAGAGGCCAGGGAGUGGGGACCCGGGGGUUCCCCGAGAGCGCAGAGGCGACCGUCGGCGGAGGUUCCAGGUCAACUUGUGCCUGCAGCUUUGCUCUUCGCAGUUGGUCCAGUUUGGGGGGGGGGGAGCGAAGGGGACCCGACAAGCGUGCGGGUGGGCGAUUCUCAGCCCUCCGAAAGCUGGGAACCCCCUCGAUUAUCCGUCUCAUUUCCCUCACCCCGGCCCUGCCUGCUUCCCUGCUUCGCAAACUGUUGGCUUCCCCGUCACCGCUCAGUUUUGCUCAUUUUCCAGAGACGCCUUCAGACCUGGCAGGAGAAUCCUUUCAGCCCCCCACCCCCGGCCUCCUCUCUCCCGCGCCCCCCCCCCCCCCCGCAUCUCAAAGCGCGGAAGUUCAGACGUGUAUCUCCCCUUCCCUCGCGGGGCGGCAGCGGGGAAGGCGAGGAGGGAGCCGGUGGGGCCACUGGGGCGGCUUUAGAGCCGGAGCCCGGAGGCCCCGAGGGAUUCACGUGAAAGGCUGCGUCUCCCAGGGCAGCAGGAACACAGGCUUUAACUCCAGCAACUGGCCGAGCAGAAAGGGACCCUCUGCCCACAUCCCGCCCGCGCGCCCGCCCGCACGCCCGGGAGAGCCGCCGCCGCCGCCGCCGCCGCCGCCGCCCGGCUCCGAGGGAUCCCGCCGGACCUGCCCCUUCCACUGCGGCUCACUCUCUGCCCUGCCUGGCGCCAGUCCUGGAUCGCCGGCUUCCUAUUUAUAUCACACUGGGCUCCUCUCGACUCACUUUACCAUCCCGUUCCAGGCUGGCGACUUCGCUGCUGAGCUGAAACUGCUAAUUUCUGUGACCAGCUUUUUUCUUAGCUGUGAUCUGGAUGAAUGAGUAGCUGUCUCACAGAGAUGACAAAAAUAAACUCUAAUCCCCCCCAAAAUUUCCACUACAUCUUUCUCAUGCAUAGAUUUAUGAUCUUCAAGCGCUCUGUGCAAUAUGCAAACUUUUUUUUGUGUCUGUAUAUAUGCUGUUGUUUCCAGAUUUCACUACAUUGGUAUGCUGCUCCCCCACCCCCACCCCCACCCCAUGAAAUGCAGAAACCGUCUGAUCUCAAAGUAUGCCAGGAUGCCACUUUCUAGUGUCUUGAUAUUUGGGGUUUGUGUCUGAUUUGAAAGACACUAGCCCUCGCCUAAGAGGUGAGUGGCUGAGUGUACAAACUGGGGGGGGGGGGGGGGGGGGGUGGGAAAUUAGAACUAGUAGGACGGAAUAGAGGACAGCCCUUCUCUUUACGUGUGUUUCCCUGUACUAUUCAAGCUUUCUGAUCUUGUUGGAAAACAUAUUUUCUCUAUUAUUUUGUCUGGUUAAGCAACCAUCUCGGAACUUCUGUGUCAGCUCUUCAACAGAUAAGGGUUCAGAAGUCACUUUUUUUUUUUAAUUGAAAGAUUAUCAUAUUGUCAGAUAUGUCUUUCAAUUAGGAGUGUUUGAUUUGCAGGAGCUAGAGAGUCAAGUGCUAGGAAGCCCAGCUGCAAUUUCACAAAUGUAACCUUUAAACUUUGGACCUCAUCUGGUAUAUAAGGAUGACCACAUAAAGCUCACAUUUUUGACCCUGCUUAGCAUGCAGAACGAAGCCCAGAAUGAUUCUGGAAUUUCAGCUGUACCAGAGAUUCAUGUGUAUUUUGGUAGAGGACACGUUCUCUAGACUCAUUUCAUGAUGUAUUGCGCCCUUACAUUUAUAGCCCUGCAUUUUGGUUGUCAAUGGGGGUUGGGGUUGGAGGUGUCCAAGAAAGAAAGAAGGGGGGUGGAGGGAAGAAGAAGAAGAAGAAGAAGAAGAAGAAGAAGAAGAAGAAGAAGAAGGCAUGCCCUUGAAUAAAAGGAACAUGAAAGAAA